GUUACACCUUUGCCUGUGUGGCAUGGAAAAGGUUACCGUUCCCUUGGUUUUCGGUUUGGUGAUAUCUGUUACAUAAGUGAUGUUAGUGAUAUUCCAAGAGAGACAUACCCACUCCUUGAGAACUGUGACCUUCUUAUACUGGAUGCACUAAGGCCAGAUCGUUCUUCUUCAACACAUUUUGGACUACCAAGGGCUCUGAUGGAAGUCCGCAAGAUACAACCAAGGAAAACACUGUUUACUGGGAUGAUGCAUCUGAUGGAUCAUGAUAAAGUAAAUGAAGAUCUUUCCAAGCUGAAGGAAACAGAGGGUCUGGACAUUCAGUUGAGCUAUGACGGGCUACGGUUGCCUGUGAAUCUGUAGAAUUCUUUUCGCGGUUUUCUCAUACAAACUUGAAAGUAUGAAGACAUUGCUCCUUUGAAAUUGAGGAUGUGAGUCCGGCAAAUGAGACGAUGCCAUUUGAUGAUUUCUGAAGUAUUGCAUCAAGAUGAUUGCAAAAUUUGAGCUAAACAUCGUAUCUUUACAGGCGGAUUGGUGUGAUCCUGAUUUUGACAUUAGUUUUUGAGGAUCAUGUGUACACUUGAAAUAAUUUUAUCCCCUGAUUAAACUUCUUGUCGCCAUUUGAACUUGUACCUUCAAAAUUGAGGAUUCAAUAAAAAUUACAUCGAUGUUGUUUGAGUCAACAUUUUGUAUUACAAUGAUGAUACAUAAACUCGAAGUAAUAGUA